AUAUUGCAGCCAUGGGUUUUUGUUCAUGCUUGGGGAAAUGCGCCACUCAGCUCAUCUUGAUUGCCAUUAACUUCGUGUUGGCACUCGGAGGCGCCUUGGUGCUGUAUGUGGGUAUCUACAUGCUCCACGCUGGCUGGGUGGAUGUCAUUCAGGGCUACUGGUCAAAUAUCGACGACGUAGUGACGGCCCUCAUUGUGAUCGGAGGUGUGAUCAUCGGUCUCGCAGUAUUAGGGACCCUAGCAGCACUCUGUCGCUGGAGAUUCGGUCUCUGCACGUACGCUAUCGUGGUGCUGCUGUUCCUGAUCCUGUUUGUGGUCGUGGGUACCGCCGCCUUCAUCCUUAUGGCCAAGGCUGGCGAUUGGAGUGACAAGCAAUACCCUGCCGAGAAAACUGAAGAGACCAUAAAGACUGACUUCGACCAGGUCUACUGCUACGCACAAGGCGAGUAUAUCUGCAACGAGGCGUCGGUCGAGGAAGCGCUGGCCAUGUUCGCUCCUGAACUCGACACCGCAAUUGUGGCACUGUUUGGGAACGUGACCGGCGGCGUGAACACGCUGUGUGACGAGUACCGCAGCAACUACAGCCAACUUGAGAGCCUCUGCGAUGGAUGCGACACUGCACGCGAGUUCGAGAACUACACAAGGGUCUUCGAUUGGGCGGACAGUCAAUGUCCAAGAACCAACGAUACUCUCGUUUAUUGUGGAGAGUUCCUGGCGACGGGGUCAUUAUCGAACAUCACUGCUGGCACAGCGCCUUAUACGCAAUGUCGAGCCGAGUUUUUGGACCUCGUGGAAGACUACUCACUUUAUAUGGGCAUCGGCAGCAUGCUCAUCUGUCUCGGAGCCCUAAUGAUCAUCAUCUUUACCUUCUGUCUGCGUCGGCGAGACCUGCUUGGCCGCAAUCAUGUUGACCUGGAAGAUGAUCCGGUCACCCCAUCGAUGGAGUACCCUCGAUACGAAUACACUAAGGCGUAGACCUUAUUAAAUAUCGUCAAGAACUGAUCAUUUGUACGAUAAAA